AGGAAGUGCUACGGGCGCCUGCGCGGCCCGGUCCGGUCCGAUGCUGCUCUCCGUUCUCCGCCGCCGCCUGCGGGACCGCCCGCCGCUGCCCCCCGCCCCGCCGCCCGCCUCGGCCCCGCCGCGGGCUCCCUUCGCCUUCUGCCCGCGCCGCCUGCGCCUGGACCCGCAGCACCCCCUGCUCGAGGAUGGAGACGUGCACAGACACCUGUACCUGCGGGAGGCGCUCACGGGCCGCGCCGAGGAGGCGGAGAGGCCCAGGGUGUCUGAGUUCUGCUGUCACAUCUCCGGUUGCUCCCAGGUGUUCGAUACACUUGAGGGCUACGAGCACCAUUACAACGUGCUGCACCGCAACGUCUGCUCCUUCUGCAGGCGGUCGUUCCCUUCAGGGCACCUUCUGGACAUCCACAUCUCCGAGUGGCACGACUCGCUCUUCCAGAUCAUGGCUGAGAAGCAGAAUAUGUACAAGUGCUUGGUAGAAGGCUGUGCAGAGAAGUUCAAGUGCAGCAAAGACAGGAAGGAUCACUUGGUCACUGCUCACUUAUACCCUGCUGACUUCCGAUUUGAUAGACCAAAGAAAGUGAAGAGUGGUACCAAGCAUGUGAGCUGUCCCACAGAUGAUGGGAGCAUGCUGAUGGAUGUCAGCAUGGAGACCUCGGAGCAGCUCGAGACGGACCAUAUGGAAGUACCCAUGGAGAGCACAGAGCCUGCAGCCAGCCCUUCAGUACCAGAGAAACGCCUCUAUAAAUCCAGGAUCCCAUCCACAAUCUGCUUUGGACAGGGCGCUACCCGAGGAUUUAAAGGCCCACGUAAGAAGGUCUAAAUGUCAGCACAGCAGACUUGCGCAAGACCAGAAGGCACCAGCAAUUGUUAUCAGUCACUGCAUCCAAGCAGGAGUGUUUGUCAUUGCCUGCAAUGUAAUGGGAUGUGAAAAGGAGAAAAGAGGGGUGGUGCAAAGCAAAGCACAGAACUCACAGCUCCCUGUCCCUGUGGUCCCCUUACAACUGUGACAUUCAACAAAUGGUCCAUAAAGUAAAACAAUGGAAUCACAGGAGGCUGUUGGUAUGGCAUUUAUCCAAGAAGCUGAAGGUUUGUAAUUGCUUCGUCCCCAUCCUCACCAGGAGGAACAAAGGCUAAAAAAGGCCUUGAAAAGUCCUUUCACUGUUUAUUUCAGCUGACCUAUUUAACUUCCCUGGUGUUGAGGACUAAGUUUGUGAACUUACAGCCCUCAGCAGCUUCUAACUCAAUUGCUGCAGUGCACUGCAGGGUGUAUGUGCCAUGUGCAUGAUGGGGCGCACCCACAUGACCCACACCACUCCCCCAUGCAACCACACAGCACGGGCAAAGUGCAGUGCAAGGCUGUUGCACAGGCAGAAGCACCAUGGGUCCUUGCAGUGUGACCAUGCUGCUGGGUGCAGCUCUCCUGCUGCUUGCCCCCGGAGGCAACCAGGCUCUUGGCGGUCUCAGACAGGACGUGGACGUGGAGCAGAGUCUGGCUAAGGAGACCAUCCAGGCUCCACAGGCAGUGGAGAAAGCCAGGCUUGCCAAGGACACUGCUUCACGGCCUCUGUUCCUUCCAGACCCUGCUCGGGUCCAGGUGGGGCCAGAGCAGGACCGUGACCAUCUCUAUCACCCUUCGGACAGGGCUGAGGUGGAGCCUGAACCCCAGUUCCACAGAGCACGCAUGGUUCUGUCGGCAGAGGUGGAAAAUGGUCCCUCAGAGGACCGUGACCACCUGUACCACAGCUAAGGGAGGCUGCAGCCCUGCCCCCACCAUGAGCCCCCAAUAAACCUCUCCUUGUUGAGCAGCA